AUGGACGUGGCACCAUCAGCCCCAACAACAAACGUUCAACUGGAACCAAAAAGUCUGCAAACGGAUUUUUAUGGACGAUUAUCGUCUUUAUGUUGCUUGUCUUCCCCAACAUAACCAGUGGAGCUAAGGAAUUAAAUGCCAGCACAGCGUUUGAUAAUACCUGGACAACAGCGACUGAUUUGGAAACGGAGUUACAGCAAAAAAGAUCGGUCAAAGUGUAUCCACCAUCUACGAGCAGCAUUAUUAAUCGCAUGGCCAUCUAUGGUGGUUGGACAGCCUGGUCCGAGUGGUCAAUGUGUUCAAGGCCUUGUGAUGGAGGUGUUAUGCAGCAGACGCGACGUUGUCAAAAUAUAAACUCGUGUGAGGGGGAGCGUAUACGUUAUCGCAUAUGCAAUACGCAACCAUGUCGAGAAAAAAUAGACUUUCAAGGGCAACAGUGUACGGCACUUAAUGUGGUGCCCUAUGCAGGGGUGUUGUACACUUGGACACCGCAAUAUGAUGCCAAGGAACCAUGUGCGCUGGCCUGCAAAGGUAUUCCCACCCAUUUGGCCAAUGCUCACUCUCCCAAGGCCGAAGAGCAAAGCGUUUUAGUGCCAUUAAGUCCCCAUGUAAUGGAUGGUGCCAGAUGUAGACCUCCCAGUCUGGACAUGUGUGUCCAAGGAAAUUGCGAGAGCAUUGGCUGUGAUUUGAAAAUUGGCUCAACUAAAACAAUUGAUAUCUGUGGCGUUUGUGGCGGCAAUGGCAGCUCCUGUUCACCAUCACUCUAUCAUUGGGAAUUGGUACCGAUGUCCCUAUGCUCUGUCUCCUGUGGCGGUGGUUAUAAAAUGCCUCGCAUUGUGUGUCGCAAUCGUAUCACCGGCAUCGAGGUGGAGGAUACUCUGUGCCAUGCUGCUAAUCGUCCUGAGCCAUCGGUGGAGCUGUGCAAUACCCACACAUGUCCGCCCAGAUGGAUAGCUGAUAAUUGGAGUCCUUGUGACCGUGCUUGUGGUCCUGGCAUUCGCAAUCGUAUGGUGGUUUGUGCUGAAGAAAAUAAUGGAAUUAAGACAAGGGUUACUGAUAUGCUUUGCCCUAAGCCGAAACCCCCAACCCAGGAGCAAUGCAUAAUAGCAGAAUGUCCAAAGUGGAAGGUCGAAAAAUGGUCCACGUGCUCCGAGUCCUGUGGCCAGGGUAUACAAAUGCGUAAUGUCGAAUGUAAUUCAGCCGAUGGAGGACUAAGUACGAAAUGCGAUCCCCUAACUAAGCCAGCAAGUGUUCAAAGUUGUACCACGGGAAUAAUGUGCGAGACCAGCUCAUUAAUUGGACCAAGGGUUUCCUUAAGUAUGGAUGAAGCCUUACUAGGCGAAGAUGAUGCUGACGACAAUGAUGUCAAUGACGAUGAUAUGAACGACGAUCAUGAUGAUAAUGACUCGGAUAUCGAUGAUUUUGCCGAUGACACUUUCUACAAUAAUCAACCGAUUUACCUGCAUCAUAGAAUGAGUCGAUUUGAACAUGAACAACCCGAGGGACCUCAAAUGAUGCUGUUGCAGUCUUCAACGCGAUAUAAUUCGGAUGAGUCAAUGCCUUCGGAACCAACCUAUAUGAAAGAUCCCGACUGGUCUCCCUGCAGUGUUACAUGUGGCGUAGGCAUACGCCGCCGCACCUACAAAUGCAAAAUAUUUUUACAAUUCUCACGCACCUUGGCCACCAUUAACGAUACCAUGUGCGAGGGUAAGAAGCCCCAUGACGAGGUGGAACGUUGUGUUGAGGAGCCUUGUGUCAUGCCCUCGCAUGGCUUUGAGGAUCAAUAUCAUAGGGAUGCCAUAAAAGUGGGUGUUUCCGAGCCCGGCAAGACCUAUGUGUGGCGUGAGCAAGGCUACACCUCUUGCAGUGGCAGUUGUUUGGGUGGCAUUGAGGAGCUCAUCAUCAAUUGUGUCCGGGAGGAUAAUGGCCGGGUGGUUUCACCAUUCCUAUGUGCUCCUGAGACAAAACCAGAGGCGCGCAUAAGAACCUGCAAUGAUAGACCCUGUCCACCUCGCUGGAAUUACACCGAAUUUACUCCAUGCUCAAAAUCCUGUGGCAUAGGCAUUAAGACUCGCGAAGUCCAGUGCGUUCAUGAGGUAACGCGAGGAGGCGACAAUGCCAUGGUAGUGCCCAACAGCAUGUGUCCCCAGCCACCUCCUGCCGAUCGUCAAUAUUGCAACGUGCUAGAUUGUCCAGUGCGCUGGGAGGUUAGUGAGUGGUCGAAAUGCUCUCACACCUGUGGCUAUGGCAUCAAAGAGCGUAAGGUCGAAUGCAAGCAGAUUAUGGCUCAGGAGCAUAAACUCGAAAGGCCCGAAACCAUGUGUUCCAGUGGUAAACCUCCCGAGAAGAAGCCUUGCAAUAUUAGACCCUGCCCGGCGCAAGAACCCAAGCCUGUUAUAGAAAUCAGCAAUACCACCCACAUACAGCAUGAUCCGAAAAAAUCCAAAAUCACUCUUAAUAUUGGGGGAGCUGGUGUCGUAUUCUUUGGUACCCAGGUGAAAAUUAAAUGUCCCGUCAAGGGCUAUGAUCGCUCUAAAAUCAAAUGGACUUUGGAUAAUAAGCCUUUGGAGAAAUCGAGAAAAUUUAAAAUGUCUAAAAAGGGAGCUCUGCACAUAGGGAAUAUCACAUUUAGGGAUGCCGGUGUUUAUGCCUGCCAAGCUGGACCCAGCAGUGCGGAGAUAACGAUAGAUGUCAAAGCGAAACCGGGUCAAAAGCAAACGGAAUUGGAACAACAAGAACGAUUACAGCGCGAAGGCAGUGAAUCGGAUUUAUUGGAAGCUGCUGAAAUAAGUGCGCCCACCAAUAGCACUCAAACCACACGUCAAAAACAGCAACAGUAUGCCAAAGAACGUAACCAACGACCCAAGUCCAAUGGCAAGCAACUCCAUAGUGAUGGCAGUAUAACAGGUGAUGAGCAUUCACAUUUAAUUCAACAGGCGCAGGAUGGUUUUUCACAGUCAAGUGCCAACAGCGGCAGCAGAAGUCGUCACAGCAGCAUCCUUAUGGUGCUGCCCCAUUUGCAUAGUCUGGCCAGUAAAUUGCAGAUAUAUCGUUGUGAUUCCCCUUUCCUACAUUUCACCAUUAAGGUGUGCACUACUCUGGUAGUGGUUAUGCUAAUUUUAGAAUUUUCCACCAAAUACAUGGCAGUAAUAUUGACAACAUUGCCUGCAAUAAUGUUGCAGUUGCUAGAGCGAAUGUAGCUGGAAAUGUCAUCGCUCGCAAGCGAAGCGCAAAUUGCUGCGGAAUCAGUGGUUGCAGUGUUCGCAGAAAUGUCGAGUCGCUGUUUCAGGCUUUAGACUUUGCUCCUUUUUUUAAUUAUUAAAAAAAUGUAUUUGGCAAAAUAUAAACAACUGAAAACGAAGCCACAGAGACCGCCGCAACUGAUUGCUAUUAACUCGAUUUUGUAAAUCUUGUAUGUCCACGGAAUACGAGAUGACCAUCAAGACCAAUUUAAAUGGUGCCACAGCGCAAGCUGCUGGGAUGGUUUGCAAUGUGUUAAAGUCCUGAACAGAGCCCCCCAAUGUUCUUUGUUGUCACCAGGGGAACGAGUCACCUCGUAUCCUGUAGUAUGGUUUGGUAUGCCACCCAAAAAAAUAAAAAAAAGAUAUAAAAUCUUUGAGAAAAAAAACCAAAACAAAAACACAUCCACGCCAUUGGUUCGCAUCGUUGUUACGAGGAGAAAUACUUCUUCAACAUUUUAUACUGCAAUUGAUCUUUUCUAAUAAUUAAGACUAUUUUGUAUUGAUCCCAAGUGCCUUUAUGAAAUAAACAAAUGUUGACCUCUAAAUCAAUGUAAUUAAUGAAAUGUACGAAGAGUAUUGACAAAAGAAAUUAAAUUUAAUUAAAUCAAUUAUUAACUAUUUUUCUUUUCGAUUUGUAUAAUUUGUUGCCUAACUACAUACAUACAUACAAACAUACAUAAUUGCUAAAAGAACAUACAUAUGGUACUAAAUUUAAGGAAAAAAGCAAAACAAGAAAAAAAAAACGAAAACAGAAACUCCUCCAUAUUCUUCUAAUUUGAAAUAAAUUUUGUUUUCCAAUAUUGUCUAAGUAUGAAUAACAAGAAGAAACCCAGAUAUGUGAAAUAAUGAAAUA